GGGAGGAGAAGGCGCAGGAGUCGGGGGUGGGCAGACAGGCUGCCUCCAUGCGGGUUCUGAGUGUCGGUGAGGGCCGGGCCGGCGGACGGUGUGUGUGUGUAAAUGAAGUGUCGGCCGGUGCGUGGACGGUGUUCGCUUCCGCAGUCGGGGCGGUGAGAGGUUGACGAUGUCGUUGAGUUUGACGGAAAUGUAAUACAAGAAAGAAAUCGAAAAUGCUGCAAGUGUGAAAUUUCCAGGACACUAGACAUCAAAGAGGAUUUGAAGGAAAAGUUUAAUACUUGAGUGUGUAAGAUAUAUGGUUGAGUCGGUGCUGAUUACUUCUGUGAUAGACCAAGCCUAUUUGCCAAACUCAAGAGCACAGGUUGGCAGCAGAAUGAGGAAUUCCAAUGAUGAACCAGUAGAGUACAGUCCUCGUGCUGUGUUUCGAUCUGCAGCUGCUACGGGAAAGAAGUUGCUUCUGACCAGGAAGCAAUCUUUCGUUGGACGGUGCUGCCAUGUGUGCUCUCCAAUAAGCAGGGAUAAACUUUUCAAUACCAGCAUCCCUUCUCAGGGACUACGGAAUGUAAUUUAUAUUAAUGAAACGCACACCAGAUAUCGAGGCUGGCUGGCACGGCGUCUCUGCUAUGUCUUGUUUAUUCAGGAACGAGAUGUGCAUCAUGAUAUGUUUUCAAGGAAUGUGAUUGAGAAUGUUUUGAACAACGACAGAGUGCAAAAAGCUAUUAUGGAGACGGUAGCUGAAAGAAUGCCUGUGGAAACUCUUGCCCAGCCAGACACCAAAGCUGUGAGUAAAGUAAAGAGAAAAGCUCGAGGAAUCCUUCAGCAGAUGGUGGCCAAUAUCUCACCUGUUGUGAUCAGAUUGACAGGUUGGGUGUUGCUAAAACUGUUCAAUGGCUUUUUUUGGAGCAUUCAGAUACACAAAGGGCAGCUGGAAAUGGUUAAAAAAGCUGCAGCAGAGAAUGUUCCAUUGGUGUUUCUGCCAGUUCACAAAUCGCACAUUGACUGUUUGCUGCUCACGUUCAUUCUAUUCUGUCAUAAUAUCAAAGCACCGCAUAUUGCUGCGGGGAAUAAUCUGAAUAUCCCCAUUUUUAGCACUCUCAUAAGAAAACUAGGUGGCUUCUUCAUCCGUCGAAAGUUGGAUAUUUGUGCAGAUGGACGAAAGGAUGUCCUGUAUAGAGCCGUUCUACGUGUGUACAUUGGGGAACUUCUCCGUCAGCGGCAAUUUAUGGAAAUAUUUGUGGAAGGCACACGGUCUCGGAGUGGUAAACCAUACAGGGCCAUGACAGGCCUUCUUUCUAUUGUGGUUGAUAGCCUUUAUGAAAAUACUGUUACCGAUGUUAUGAUUAUUCCAGUUGGAAUUUCAUAUGACCGGAUCAUCGAAGGCAAUUAUAACAGUGAACAGCUGGGAAAACCUAAAAAGAAAGAGAGUCUUUGGGGUGUUGCACAAGGAGUCUUCAGAAUGCUUCGUAAAAAUUUUGGCUGUGUCCGAGUAGACUUUGGACAGCCUUUUUCCAUUAAGGAGUAUAUUGAUGCUCAAAGGAACCGUCCAUUGCCUGUUGAACUCUCUCUUGAGGAAAUCCUCCUUCCAAAUAUUAUCUCUGAUAGACCAGCCCUUGAUUAUUCUGAUCCCGUUCAGGUUCCAAAUAUCAAUUUUUCAGAUGAACAGUACAAGCGUCAACUGAUUUCCAAUGUAGCUAGACAUGCAUUAUUCACUGCCAGUAGAUGUUCUGCUGUGAUGUCCACUCACAUUGUUGCAUGUUUGCUGCUUUACAGGCACAGAAAGGGUGUCCACUUAUCAAAGUUGGUGGAAGAUUUCUUCUGUAUGAAGGAGGUGGUGUUAGCUCGGGAUUUUGAUUUGGGAUUCUCUGGAAAUUCUGAAGACCUGGUUAUGCAUGCAUUACAUUUACUGGGAGAGUGUGUCAAUGUCAGAAGCUCCCGUCGCAAUAGUGAGUUUUUUAUUGCUCCAACCACAACAAUUCCAGCCUUGUUUGAGCUGAAUUUCUACAGCAAUGGUAUCUUCCAAGUUUUUCUCACCGAAGCAAUACUUGCCUGUUCUCUCUCUGCUAUUCUGAAGGAGAAGAUUAUAGAACCAGGCCAAAUGGAGUUAACAGUCAGCCAAGAAAGGCUUAUUCGCACAGCUGCUAGUCUGUCCCACCUCCUUUCCAAUGAAGUCACAGUGGCAUUGCCCUGCCAGACACACUACCAGGUUUUCCAUCAUACUGUCAGAAAGUUUAUUCAGUAUGGCAUCCUGAUGGUGGCAGAGGAGGAUCUGAGCCCCAGUCCAACAGAGGAAACAUGGGCUAAUAAAUAUCCAGAUGGUUUAUCAUGGAGAAGCGAUGAAGAAGAUGACAGUGAUUAUGGGGAAGAACGGAGAGAUCGUUAUCUAAAGGUGAGUCAAUCUCAGGAUCAUCAGGAGUUUAUCACCUUCCUACAGACACUGUUGGGCCCUUUGUUGGAGGCUUACUUUGCAGCUGCUGUUUUUAUUCAAAACCUUAGAACUCCAGUUGAAGAAGCUGAAUACAUCAGCAACUUUCACAAGUAUCUGUUAUCCAGAACAGAAAUGAAGGUUGCAGUAUUUGGUGAGAGUGCCACCUUCUGCCUUGCAAAAAGUGCAGUGAAGACUCUUAAAGAUCUCGGGGUUUUCAAAGUUCAGAAGAAUGGGUGCUCCACCUUGGAAUUGAGCAACACCUUUCUACCUCUCAUCAAUCAACAGAAACUGCUGGAAUACAUCCUUAAAUUUACUAAAGAAUAGAAAGUGCUGGGCAAAGUGGUGCAAAUGAUGCUGACUGGCCUGCUGGCAUAUUCCCAGCAGUUUCUAAUUUUCGUUCAAGUGUAUAGUUUGUUUAUACCCAAGCGACCUUUUCUUUUAACUUGUUUUAGCUUUUAAAAUCAGUUUCACGUUACAGUAUCAGGGUAAGAAAAGGCUGGAAGAUUUAUUUCUAGAAGUAGGAUAUUGAUGUACAGACAGCUUAGAACUAUUGGGUUGUAUAAGUUGAACUUUUAUGUUGGUGAGAACAAAAUUCUCACAUUCUGAAAAUAAAUUGAAACAUAUUUUAAAGGUAAUGAGGUGAAUGUGCAGCAGAUUUUAACUUACUGAGAAGCAAUAGCUGGAAACAGUUGCACUGAUCAGUUAAGCUCAGGACUGUGACAUAACCUAGAUUACUAGAAGCCUUAAUUAUUUGGUGCUUCCAAAAUUAAGAAAGAUCUUAGACCAUUAUUAAAGCCAUAUAGGAAAUAAAUGUGUCAUGGAUAAAAACACAAUAUUACAGCAGUUCACUGUCAUUUUAUGGUAUUUACUUUGUUGUCUGCCAUUUGAUAUAUUCUGUUUCUUGAAAUCAAAAUUGAUGCAAAAUUCAAGAUAAUUGAGAUGUUUUGGCAAAGACCAACUGUGUGGAGAAGACCAUCUCACCAUUUCAAAUUGUUUUCAACAUGGCAAUUGUCACAUUCAGAAAACUAAUGGAAUGUUUAAGUCUAAAUAUCAGUAAAGCCAUGAAUUAAAAUAAUUCACCUUUCAUCAACCAGGUUUCUACCUUAUCCUCCUGAAAGCUACAAUGGAUGAAUUGGUUGGAAUACAUGAAUUCCAUUAACCUUCCAGUAGCCUCCUGAAAGUGACAUCUCUUCAUAAUUGGGCCUAGCCUUUGCUGUUUGUGUGUUAACAUACAGGUUUUUUGCAACCGUGACCAAUCCUGUCCUUGCUUGACAACAGCAACAACAUUCACCCAAGCAGAGAGGUUUCACACUGGGGCAAGGAAUCAGGAUUGAGAUCAAGAGCAGAAAUCCCAGCCAAUUUAUCUCCCAAUCAUAGCCACAAAACACUGAAGCUGAGAACAGCUGACUCAGCAUAUUCUAGAAAGUUAAACCUGUAACUGGAUCUUUGUAGUCUGGAACUAUUGUUAUGGCACAUUGCAUAUUUAUUGGACCACAUGGGAUUUCCAUUGAAUGCAUGUUAGAGGUAGUUGAAUGUUUGUCCUUUUUAUGUAUCACUAAGAUUCCAAUUUUGACUAACUACAUUAAACAAAUAUUGCUAAGUUUUCAGUAAUAUCAUGAAGUGAUGGAAAGUAAGUAAAAGUAUAAAACAAAAAAAGGUAUAACUCAAUGUUGGGGCUUAGUUGUAUGUAAGUGAUCUUGUCAGUGUAUAUACCAGUAUAUAUCUUGACCUUGAAACCGUGAAGGAUUUAUUCUUCCAUUCAUGUAUCACACAAUGUCACUUUUUACCCUAUAAGGUCAAUCUCUGACAGACUGCUGCAGUUACUCACUUGUUUAGUUCCAACUUGGUAAUGGAAAAGGUUAAUUGAGGAGGUUAACUGCUUUCUUUAGUUUACAAACUGAUGACUGAGUGGCAUUGUUUAAAAUGUUGCAAAACUUUAUUUUAAUUUAGUCCAAGGAUGUUGCCAGUUUAGCAGUGGAUGAAAAUUUGAAUGUUAAGAUCAAACAUAAAGAUUGAGGUUGCAGUGUUCUUGGACAAAGAGGACUUGGAUUCAACCUAUCUUGCUACAAGUGCUGGCAACUGCAGUAUUCAUUCAGUUCUGUCUAAGCUAUUGCAUGGAAUUGCGUUUUGACUAUCAACUAAUGUCUGCCAAGGAGAAUGAACCUUUUUGGUUAUUCUAUUUAUUGUUAUAUAAGCACAGUUAUUUUUACCCAUUCGAGAUAGGUAUUUAAUAUGCCAUUAAAAUACUUCAGAUCAGUGCGAUAUUUUGAAGAUUAUUGACCACUAAAGCUCAGAUGUACAAAAAGAAGCUGCUUGUUAGGAAUCUCAACAUUUGGGAAUGUGACCCAAACACUAGUUAUUGCUCAGGACAUAAUCAUUACUGCAGAAGCAAAAAAAGGCAGUGACUUUAUUUGUGUACAGUUUGGGCUGUUUUGUCUCUCCAUAGCUUUCUUGAUAGAGAGGGAAAAAGUGGAGAACGAGAAAAUGUGCAAGUGCUGAAACCACUUAACUGUUGUGACCUUGAUGUUUGAAAUGCAAAUUCAAGGAAACAAUCCUUAAAAACCACAUAUCUUGUUUGAGGGAAACUGUUUCAUCACCUCUGUAAAAUAAAAGUUUAUAAAAUAGUUUUGUGCUGCUUUCUUCAAUGUUCUGACCUAGCAGAUACUUGUCAGUAGCUUGUAAACUCAAUAUGUACCCUAAGUUUCUUGCACCAUUGUUUUUGAUAAAUCUGUCCAAAAACAUAUGUCAACAACUGUUCUCUUCAGGAUCAAUGCACAAGAGAAAAGCUAAUUUAUUUAAUUUUGCAUUAAUGCCUGCUUCUGUUUUUCCUGGACUUCCAUGUGAAACAAAAUAAAAUGGGGAAAGUGAACACAAACCUUGGCCUAUUACGGGCUAAAGCACAAAUAGGAGUUUUACUCUGUGCUGACCCUACAAAGUCAACUAACUUUUAGCCAAAUUUAGAGGUUUUAGUUAUGAGGAAUGGUUUGGAGAGUUAAAGAAUUUGUUAAGCUAGUACAGAGGAGGUUGAACUGUUUCUAACAGAAGUUUUCAAAAUGGUGAUGAGAUUAAAAUUCUGUGGUGGUGGUUGUGGAGGUUUUUGGUUCUCUAACCUUUUGCAACUCUGGAAAUCCUGUAGAAGCAACUUUUAUUCCAGAAAUGGUCAUUUCUACAAGGUUCAUGAUAACCUUGCACUUUGAUAUCAGAACUCUUCCAAAAUUAAACUCUGCUAACCAUUGGUUAGCCAAUUAGUAACAAUGGAGCAGCAAGCUGAGGAGAGUCAGACGAAUAAGAACAUAAAAAAUAAAAGGGAAGUUAGAUUUUUGUUUGCAGAAAGAUUUACUGGAAUAUUUUUAAUUUCCCAAAUCAAUAAAACAUAGACUAUAACAGUGGAAGUAGAAAUGGACAAAUAGUUGAAAAAGAGCAAUAUAUGACAGUAGAGGUUUACGGAGUACAAUGGGAUAGUUCCAGUUGAAGAACUGGCAUUGAUGAGAUGGAUCAAAUGGUCUUUAAUCUGACCUAUACUUUCUGAUUCUGUUAGAAUAAAUGUGAUAAAUUGCUGGCCAAUGAUUGAUGCUAAUCUUAAACAAUUUUCUUUUGUGUUAUAAUUUUUUCCCCUGUAUACUGUGAUAACAUUCAAGGUCAUUGGCCAUUUUUCUACAAUUAUGCUCAAGUAUUGUAUCUUAAUACAAUGUAUACUCAAGCUCAAGAAGAAAGAUGGUCAAAAUGCAAAUUUUCCACAAGGACAAAAGGCGCUAAGUAAUUUAUUAGCUUGUCUCUAGUAAUUGAUGAGCACCUCACACCUGUUUGAAUAUCUGUGUCUCCAGAUGUCAGUGUUAUUGUCUGGCAGGUCAUCCUUUUUGGUUAGGACACAAGGAAGGAAGGAAGGAUUAAAGCAAAGGUUAGUAAUAGAAGCAGGUUUUACUGGCAUAGAAAUUUAACUUGCAGUAAGUUUGGUUUGAUUUAUUUUGUUUUAAGUAAAGGCACCUGAUUUGUAUGGGCAAGUGUGGCAUGUUUAUUAUUCUAUAUUGUGCAAAGAUAAGUUGUACUGAUUGAAAUAAGUGAGCCAAUCAUAACUACUGUUGUUCAUUGACUGUGAAAU